AAUAAAUCAGCCUUUGUCCUUGUUCCUCAGCCUCAACAUUCAAUCAAGGCCUUUCCCAUAUCUUCUAUCCGAUAAAAAGUUCGCCCAUUUCCUUUCUGCACUUUUCUGGAUCUUCUUCUUCUUCCUCCUCCGGAAUAGAUUUAAUCCCUUUUUCGUUUACUUCCCAUCUCCGUUCAUCUUUCAUAUUCAGAAUCAACCAUAAGAAAUGGAGGAAUUAGUGAUUGAUAAGAAACCCAAAACUAAGAUAGUUUGCACCCUGGGGCCGGCAUCCAGGUCUGUGCCCAUCAUCGAAAAGCUCUUGAAAGCUGGAAUGAAUGUUGCUCGUUUCAACUUCUCUCACGGAUCCCACGCCUAUCACCAGGAGACCCUCGACAAUCUCAGGGCCGCUAUGGAGGAAACUGGUAUUCUCUGCGCCGUCAUGCUUGACACUAAGGGCCCGGAAAUUCGAACUGGAUUUUUGAAAGAUGGCAAACCCAUCCAACUAAAACAGGAGCAGGAGAUAAUUAUAUCCACCGACUACAGCUUGAAGGGUGAUGAAAAUAUGAUAUGUAUGAGCUACAAAAAGUUAGCUGAGGAUGUAAAGCCAGGAAGCGUAAUACUUUGUUCAGAUGGUACAAUCUCAUUUACAGUUCUGUCUUGUGACAAAAAAUUGGGUUUGGUACGAUGUCGCUGUGAGAACUCUGCAGUUCUUGGUGAUAGAAAAAAUGUUAACCUGCCUGGAGUUAUAGUGGAUCUCCCUACCCUAACAGAUAAAGAUACGGAAGAUAUACUUGAAUGGGGAGUUCCUAAUAAAAUUGAUAUGAUUGCUCUAUCUUUUGUUCGGAAAGGUUCUGAUCUUGUACAGGUCCGGAAGUUGCUUGGAAAGCAUGCCAAAAGUAUUCUUCUCAUGUCAAAGGUUGAGAAUCAAGAAGGUGUGGCAAAUUUUGACGACAUACUGGCCAAUUCAGAUGCAUUCAUGGUGGCACGUGGUGACUUGGGAAUGGAAAUUCCAAUUGAGAAGAUAUUUCUGGCGCAGAAAGUGAUGAUAUACAAGUGCAACAUCCAAGGAAAACCUGUUGUCACAGCCACACAGAUGCUGGAAUCGAUGAUUAAAUCACCAAGGCCAACCAGAGCCGAAGCCACUGAUGUUGCGAAUGCUGUUCUUGAUGGGACAGAUUGCGUAAUGUUAAGUGGCGAAACGGCUGCUGGAGCAUAUCCAGAACUUGCUGUUAGAACAAUGGCAAAAAUAUGUGUUGAAGCUGAAAGCACCCUUGAUUAUGGAGAUGUGUUUAAAAGAAUUAUGGAACACUCGCCAGUUCCCAUGAGCCCAUUAGAAAGCCUGGCAUCUUCAGCUGUUAGGACUGCAAACUCAGCGAAGUCAGCUCUUAUACUUGUCCUAACUAGAGGAGGAAGCACCGCAAAAUUGGUGGCCAAGUAUAGGCCAGGAACGCCCAUCUUGUCCGUAGUUGUCCCCGAGAUCAAGACAGAUUCGUUUGAUUGGUCGUGCAGCGAUGAAGCUCCAGCAAGGCAUAGCUUAAUUUUUCGUGGCUUGUUACCGGUUCUUAGCACAGCAUCAGCAAGGUCGUCUCAUGCAGAAACAACGGAAGAAGCAAUAGAGUUUGCUAUUCAGCAUGCAAAGUCAAAGGGCCUCUGCAAAAAUGGAGAUUCUAUCGUGGCUCUUCAUCGCGUUGGAACAGCUUCUGUUAUCAAGAUAUUGACAGUGAAGUAGUAGUAGUAGUGAAGUUCCUUCUUUUGCUUGCUAUUCACCACGAGCACAGAUUAAAUCAUCCAAUAAUUGCUCUUCAUUUUCUUCAUUGUUUUCGGGUUUGUAGAGAUCAACACUUUAUAACUUACAUCUCUAUUUCUUUUCGUGACACGGACAAAUGUCGUGUUAUUGGAAACCAAACACUAUCUUUAUUUUGAAAUAAUUAUGUUCUUCUGUUCAUCAAUAAACCGGUGCCUCUUGCCUUGGCAUCUUCUC